CCCUGCAGCUGGCACCAAUGUGCCCCACUUUCCUACCCCUGUCCAACCAAUGCCUCUACUUCUUUCUGUGCUUUUGUCUUGGUUCCUUUCUUGCCCCCUCUAUGGCCAGUUAAAGCAGGGCAGGGAGAUGGGUUUCUUUUGAAGCAUCCAGGCUUGCUUCCAAUGUUGAGGCCAAAGUUCAUGUGGUUAGCACUGCCACCAUCUUGACCAUGGCUUUGCUGGGUUCUGAGGGAGUGUUUGAAGGAACUUUGGGGGGCAUUGGCACCUCCUGUCCCCUCUGGACUGUGCUCUAUGACUAUGAAGCCACAGGGGAAGAUGAGCUGAGCUUGCGGAGAGGAGAAGUGGUUGAGGUUCUCUCUAAGGAUGCCGCCGUCUCUGGAGAUGAUGGCUGGUGGGCUGGUAAAAUCCGCCACCGCCUCGGCAUCUUCCCAGCCAACUAUGUGACUUAUCAGCCAGGACGUUACCAGCACCCCCAGUUGGGUUUGUUGGAGAAGUCUGGGCAUCAAGGCCAAAACCAAGCAAUGGGUGAUGGGCAGCCUAUAGGUGGCGGAGACCAUGUAGCUUCUCUAGCAGAGAUUGACUUCCAGCAUCUGGAAUUGCAAGAGAUCAUCGGGGUUGGGGGCUUUGGUAAAGUUUACAGAGCUAUGUGGCAUGGCCAGGAAGUGGCAGUGAAAGCAGCGAGGCAAGACCCAGAUGAGGACAUCAUGGCCACUGCGGCAAGUGUGAGGCAGGAAGCAAAACUGUUUUCCAUGCUGAAGCAUCCUAACAUCAUUGAACUUCGUGGUGUAAGUUUGCAGGAGCCCAACCUCUGCCUGGUUAUGGAGUUUGCUAGGGGAGGACCCCUCAACAGGGCCUUGUCAGGUUCUUCGCCCACCAGUAGUGGGAGCCAUCGAGGUCGGCGCAUACCUCCUCAUAUACUGGUCAAUUGGGCAGUACAGAUAGCUCGCGGGAUGCUUUACUUGCAUGAAGAAGCCAUCGUUUCCAUCCUUCACAGAGACCUCAAAUCAAGCAAUAUUUUGUUACUUGAGAAGAUAGAGAAUGAUGAUAUCGAUAACAAAACUUUGAAGAUUACAGACUUUGGCUUGGCUAGAGAAUGGCACAGAACAACUAAAAUGAGUGCAGCAGGAACUUAUGCAUGGAUGGCUCCCGAGGUUAUCAAAUCAUCUAUGUUUUCUAAAGGAAGUGAUAUCUGGAGUUAUGGCGUAUUGCUGUGGGAACUACUUACAGGAGAAGUUCCUUAUCGUGGCAUUGAUGGUCUUGCUGUGGCUUACGGCGUUGCUGUCAAUAAGCUUACUUUGCCCAUUCCAUCCACCUGUCCUGAACCAUUUGCUAAACUAAUGAAAGAGUGCUGGGCACAGGAUCCUCAUAUUCGACCUUCGUUCACCUUGAUUCUUGAACAGCUUAGUGCCAUUGAAGGAGCUGUUAUGACAGAGAUGCCUCAGGAAUCUUUUCAUUCCAUGCAAGAUGACUGGAAACUGGAAAUCCAACAGAUAUUUGAUGAACUGCGGAAUAAGGAAAAAGAGCUGAGGUCACGAGAAGAAGAGUUAACUAGAGCUGCUCUUCAUCAGAAAUCUCAGGAAGAAUUGCUGAAACGGCGUGAGCAACAGCUAGCAGAACGGGAGAUUGAUGUGUUGGAGCGAGAACUAAACAUUUUGAUAUUCCAAUUAAAUCAAGAGAAGCCAAAUGUGAAGAAGAGAAAAGGAAAAUUUAAAAAAAGCCGAUUAAAACUUAAGGAUGGGCACAGAAUUAGUCUACCUUCAGAUUUUCAGCAUAAGAUAACAGUUCAAGCUUCCCCAAAUCUAGAUAAGCGAAGAAGUUUAAACAGCAACAGCUCUAGUCCACCAAGCAGUCCCCCAAUGCUUCCCCGUCUUCGAGCUAUCCAGCUGAUUUCCAAAACUGACCCCAAUACACCUAAUGGGCAAAAAAACAGUAUAUAUGUGUACCAUCAAGAAGUAGAUAUCACAAGUGAAUAUGAACUUCCCAGUGGGGUUAAGAAAAAAGUAACCUCAGAUGAAAGCAACAGAACCUGGGGAAGAAGUACAGCUUGUCAUCAGGAAGAAUUUGAAGACGUGAAGCGAAGCUUUAAAAAGAAAGGUUGUACGUGGGGGCCAAAUUCAGUUCAAACAAAAGAGCGCUCAGAUUGUAAAGAGAGAAUACGACCACUUUCAGAUGGCAGCAGUCCUUGGUCAUCACUUCUGAUGAAGAAUCAGAAAGGUGUUCCAUUAGCUUCUUUGUUUAUGGACCAAGAGCAGAGGGUUCCCUCUGAAGUUCUGGAUAUUAAGCGACCAAAGCAACUAAAACUGCCAAAUCAGGCCUACAUUGAUCUACCUCUAUGGAAGGAUGAUCAAGGACUAAAUUGUGCAGAACAGGAGAGCACAGAAGAAGGGAAUUCAGCAAGUUCUGCAAAUAGCACUCCGCAAAUGACUCCUACAAACAGCCUGGGUAGAACAUUACAGAAGAAGAAAACUGAUUCUGUUCUGUAUGGAUGUACCGUCCUUCUUGCAUCUGUAGCUCUGGGAUUUGAUAUUAGGGAGUUGAAUAGAUUGCAACCUUCAGAGGAAGUAAUGCCCAAGGAGGAAAAGAAAAAACGUGAUGGAUUGUUUCAGCGAGCUUCUAAGUUUCGCAGGAGUUCAAGCCCUGCAAGGUUGCAAUCUAAAAAAGAGGAUACACACAUUUCUUCAUUGUGUCAGUGUGCAAGUACUGUGAAUCUUUUCUCUAUGCCUUCUGUUUCCACAAAAUGCCUCCUUCAUGCUGACAGUGAAGACACAAUUGUGAGCACGCCUCCCAGUAAUGGAGACAUUCCCACUAAAUACUUCUUAACAUCAAACCCUGUGAGCAAAAGAGAACACAUAGCCAAAGCUGACCCUAGUGCUGAUUCAAAUGUGCCAUCUCCAAGUCUUCCUUUGAAACAAGAAACUGUGUCUGUAGAAAAUGUUAUUUCCUCAAAAGUAAGAGUUUGGAGUCAUAGACGAACCAUGUCAGAUGGAAAUUCGUGUCACUCCACAACUAAUGGAAUUGCUAAUGGGGUUCCAGAUACUCUACAUGCUCCAUCGCUCCAACAAAGAAACUUUCAUGCUGAUCUUGCAUCUGAAAAGCAUGGACCUGUCAAUAUUAUACCAAGACCUCGACCUUCUUCAUUAAGAAGCAGGCUGGAUCCAUGGCAGGCUGUUUCACAAAGUGUGAAGUCAAGCCCUUUUGAGAUGGAUAGUUUAGAGGGUAAUAGAAGUUCAAAGACGAACUCACUGGCAGACACUGAGGAGAGAACUAAAUCUCUUAUGCCCACUUUACUUGACAUUGAUGUAGAAGGUCAGAAUAGUGACUGUACAGUUCCUUUAUGUAGAAUGAAGAGUAAAGCUUGUCGGCCAUCAAUAUAUGAACUGGAGAGGGAAUUCUUGUCUUAAGUGCCUUGGAUUUUUUAAAAUUCCAUUUUUAAAGAGAACAUUUUUUGAAGAUUGUUGUGUGUGCAUAUGACAGCUUUAUCCUGCUUUUUUUUUUCUAAAUGCUUGUAUGGAUAAAGGUGAUAUUACAGCAGUUAAAUGAAAUAUUAAAUAUAGAAAGAAUGUUCAAGGGGAGGGCUGCUUUGGUGUUGGUGUUCAGUUACAGUAUUCAGGGAGAAUAUAUAUGUGUGUGUGUGUGUAGAAAUCAAUAGAUUUCUCACUAUUGCAAUUUACCUGCCCCUUCUACCAAAUGUGAAGUCCCCUUUCACAAUUACAAGUGAAGUUUUGCCCAUGGCUCCCCCUCCCCUCAAUUACCUGUACAAUUUACUGAAGUCCCUCUGCAGUGAGUAGGUGUUUGGCUUGUAAACUGUUUAUAAAAUAAGGACAUUGUUGUGAAAUUUGGCUUUCUCAGGGCUGCAUCCACAGUGUAGAAAUAAUCCAGUUUGACACCACUUUAACUGCCAUGGCUCAAUGCUAUGGAAUCCUGGUAAUUGUAGUUUGUUGUAGCACCAGAGGAAUCGGACAGAGAAAGAUAAAUGUCUCAUAAAACUACAGGUCCCAGAAUUUCAUAGCAUUGAGCCAUGGCAGUUAAAGUGAUGCCAAAUUAGAUUAAUAUUGCAAUGCAGAUGCAGCCCCAGACAUUGUGAAAGUGUACUGUUUCAUCUCACGGAAGCAGAAAUAGUGACAACAUUUAGUAAAUAGCAAUCUGGUAAUGAUGCAGUCCUAUUUUAGAACACAGCUAUGAUAUCGUAAGAAUUGAUUUAAUUUUAAUUUCAACAAAGCUAGGAUUUUUCCCAAAGUGAAUAGCUACUUCUAAUCUAACCUAUUCACUAAUAGGGUCACAGUGCUCAGCUGAAAUGUUUUUGACCAAGCAAUCUCCAGAGACAGGGAUUUGAUUAAAAAUAUGGAACAUCUUUCAUAUGAAUAUGUACAAUAUGUGGGUAAAUAUUUUACCCGUAAGUCCAGUUUGCUUUUUUAAAAGGGGUUAGUAUUACUAUAAUUCAGUCACAGUACUGUAUCAAAAAUCAUUGGGUGAGGUGAAGAAAUAAAAAAGGGGCAUUUUAAAAUUAGAUUUAUUUUGUCCAUUGUGUUUAAUGUCUAGUAUGAGUAGAAAUCUUGCUGGAGAACCUCAAUUAUGGAAAAUGUUCAAAUCAGAUGAAUGCUUCAGUGUGUUAAUUCUCAUUAUAUGAAUUUCUUUGUCAAAGCUAAAGCCGUAUAAAUCUAGCUUCUUGUUCAGUGUCAUUAAAUAUAGAUCAAUCGAUUUUUAUUGUAACCAUUACUCAUUGACAAAGGUGCAUUUAAAACUGAUGGUGUGAACAGUUCAAUUUAAAUCCUGUUUUGUCCAGUUUCAGUAUCCAUUCUUAAAUGAAUUCUUGGAGACAUUUUUAGAUACCAAGGCAUUAUGAAAAUGCUAUGAUUUUAAAUACAGUGUGCCCACGUUAUACGCGGGCACACUUUACACAGACUUGAGCAUACACGCUCAAUCCAUGGGGAAUGCAAGGGGUGGUGCAUGCCAUUCAAAUGAAUGGGGCGCGCGCCCAUGGCGCCCCACACACUCCCGCACCUCCGUGCACGAGCCCCAUUUAAAUGAUUGGGGCUCAAGCAUACGAGAAAUUAGCCUUAUGCGGGGUGGUCUGGAACGGAUCCCCCACGUAAGGCAAGGGCCCACUGUAUUCUGAAAGAGAAUCCCCUAAAUUGGACAUUGUUCAAAACUUUUGCUCUGUUUUUGUUUUUAAAAAAUAGAUUUGCAUAUGACACAGAAUGAAAAUGCCCAUUAAUGGAUCAUUUAUUUUAUAUAUUUGUUGACAAUGCUUUGGCCAUGAUCCAAACAACUCAGUGAAUGAGUUUCUUGAACUUAUUUAUCACAUGUGUAAGCACAGCAUGUCCACUCAUCUUUGUUUUCUGAUUCUAGCGUUUACACCAGGGUGGAAAGCAUGAGAUCCUCCAGAUGUGACUGCAAGCUCAAGCAGCCAAAUGGUGUGGAAAGUUCAGGGUUUGGGUCCAAAAAUCUUGUGCUUGCUGCAUGAUUCCCCCUCCAGGUAUAGCUACAGAGGUUCAAAGUGAAAGCAUUGUCUUUCUACAUAAAAAUUUCCUUCAGUGAAAUUUGUCUUCAGUUUCCAAAUCAUAGCAUUGUAGAGAGACAGACUGAAAAUCAUCCACACCUAGAAAAAUUAUAUUUUCUGUGUUCACAUUCCCUUGGCAAUUUUCUAUGCCUUUUUUCUUUGGAUGCCUAAAUUAUAUUUGCAAUUGCUUAAUGGAAGCUUUAAAUUGCUGCAAUGUUCAGAAUUUGGGGACUGAUAGAAAAUUUCAUUGAGGAGGCAGAAUAGAAGGGGCAGUGCUCUCAUUUUGCUUGUCACCCAUAGUCUAUACCCAUUUUCAUCCCUGAUUUAUACUGUAGAGAAUCUCACUCUACAGGGAGUUAGUUUUAAGACUAGCUUUGGAAGUGAUCAGGAACAGUGAAGGACUGUGGUGAAGAGACAGGACCAAGCAACCCAAAUGUACACAGGAAACAUCACAUACAUAGAAUCAUAGAUUGGGAAGAGACCACAAGGGUUGUCCAGUCCCAGGCCAUCCAAUCCCACCCCCCCUCUCACAUCUUCUUUUUUCAUGUUAAAUGCAAGUAAUUGAAUUGCUCAUUUGUAAACUUUCAGAGCCAGUUGUGGAAAUGCAAACCUCUGUUUCAAGGCCACAGAUUUGCAUGCUAGGUUCAGUUAAGGCAAAUGGCAAAAGGCUUGUUUGGGAUGAGAAUUCCAGUAGUACAUUCAUUUCCCCCUGAUGAUGCCUUAUAAAAGUAAUAUCACUGGGAUUUGUUUGAAGCAAUGAACAAUUUAAUCAGGAGGUUGGUACAUUUGUUCACAACAACCAAUGAUCCCACCACACUUGAGAUUUGUGGUUUAGUUGUCAUAAGCCCCUGAACAGGUAUUCCAUGGCUGGUGGAGAUAGUGGGGAUCAGAAAAGCAUCUGGCUAUGGUCAAUAGCCAAAUGCAGACUAAUGACAUCCUCUUCCAAGACCCCAUAGUACUAGAUGGUUCUCUAAUCACAUGCUCACACCCAACAGCCAUGGCCAUUCAUGGGGAUUAUAACAGCAAAGAAUGGGAAGUGAAGAGCCUUUUCAGCAUUCUACCUGCUGAACUUUGAUGCUAUCCUGGGGAAUGUCAGAUCUGUGCCAAUGUUGGCUGUGUGAUCUUUGCAUAGAAGGCUAUGUUUUAAGAGGAGUUUUUAAAAUUCAUGUUUGUCUCUCCUCACUACUGUUUAGAUCUGCUAUUUUCUAACAACACAAGUAUUGUGUGCUAAAUGCCAUAUAUUGUGCACUACAGUAAUCCACUAUCUGUCAUUUUGGUCCCUGCAGUUUCAGUUACCUAUGGAGAAUUACACUCUGAAAAUCUUCCUGUUGUAGGGUUCUGUACUAUCUGUGAUUUCAGCCAUCUGCUAGGGGUCUUGGAGUGUAUCCCUGUGGAUAAAGGGCAGGGGGACUACUAUACUUUUUCAAAUACUGUGCCUAGUGAAUUGGGACAGAGUAAUCAAAUGAGAAUUUCACUUGGUUAAUUUUUAAUAACUUACCAAGAUUUGCAUAUUUAUUCAUAAAUUCAAUGAAAAGAAAGUGAUUUUUUAAUGAAGAUAAAAGAAAGUGAAGCAGAUGGAUUCCUCCAUCUCUUGAUUUAGGUUGGAUGCAGACUUUAUUCCCAAUGGCAGAAGGGUGAGAAGAAAUUACUUUUGCUGAUUUUCUGUCCCUUUGUAACUACAUGUGCAUUUCAAAAUUUGUUCCUAUCCAUCCAGAAUAUAUUCUUGGAGAGUGCAAAUGACUGUAAGGGAGGUGGAUUUGUCAUCUGCCCUCCCCUUCUGCCAGCAGAACCCUUCAUUGAAUAAACUGCCUGUUGCGAGAGGAUAGAGCUCUUUCAUUCUCAAGAUACAAGUUUGGAUCCACCCUUUGUGAUACAAUAUUAAAUCCAUUUUGAUUAUGAUGUUCCACAUUAAUGUUUACCUGUUUCAUCUACAAUAAAGGACACUGAAAUUCCAAUAACAAGAGGAAGAGAAAUGCACUUAACUCACUUAAAUCAAGAGUUGUCUUAGGCUGCAUCUGCACUGUAGACAUAAUUCAGUUUGACACUUCUUUAACAGGCAUGGCUCAUGGCAUGGAAUUCUGGGAGAUAUUUAGCAUUCUCUGUCAGAAGUCUGGUACCACAACAAAUAACAAAUCCUAGAAUUCCAUAGCAUUGAGCUAUGGCAGUUAAAGUGGUGUCAAAUUGGUUUAUUUUUGAAGUGUGGAUGCAGACGCAGAUGUGCUUAACUUUGGAAUUUUGCAUUGGGUUUUUAUUGCUUCAUAAAACAAAUAUGCUGAAAUUGUUGUGUGUAUCUGCCUGCCAAAAUAUCUAUCUGUCUAAGCAGAAUUCCCCCAUUGAUGUAAGUAAAAAAUUAAUCUAGGUAACAACAAUAAAAUGCAAGGCAGGAAGUUCAAGUAAAUGCAAAGGCCAGAAAUGUUUUGGUUUUUUUUCCUGGAAGAAGGAAGGGAAAAACUGAAUUAUCUCCAAUAAAACAUUGAAAUAAA